AAGAACUCUAUAAUUUAAUUAAUACAUUUCCACAAAUAUGCUAGACCAACAAUUCCUAUUAGAAAAGUGUAUGGGUCAAGGAGGCUCCAGCAGGGUUUACCAGGCUGAGCAUCUCCAAUCCCAAACUAAGUAUGCCGUCAAGAUCAUCAGGAAGGAUAAAAAUAUCUGCCAGAAGAAGGGUGCGAAGAUGCUACAGGAGGAACAUGACAGAAUGGUGAAACUUCAGGAUCAUCCUAAUGUUUUGAAGAGUCUUGGAGCCUUCACCGAAGGAAGUCUGUGCACAGAAGUGGGUGCAACUAAUGUCCAGUAUAAUGUACUUGAGAUUGCUGAGAAAGGAAGCUUUGCUGGACUUAUUAGAAAAAUUGGAGGACUUGGGCAGACUCUGGUCAAGUUCCCAUUCAUACAAAUCUGAAGUGCUGUUCAGUAUAUCCACUCACAAGGUAUUGCUCAUAUGGAUCUUAAGUUAGACAACAUCCUCCUUGAUGAAUUCUAUAACUGUAAAGUUGCUGAUCUUGGUGUAUCAUUAGAUGUAUCAACGUCAAAUGGAUUCACCGACAGUAAAAGAGGAACAGUAUGUUACAUGGCUCCAGAAAUCCACUAUCUUUUACCAACUGAGACUUAUGACGCAUAUAAAGCUGAUAUCUACUCACUUGGUGUUUGUCUCUAUGCUUUAUUGUUUGGAGAACUCCCAAUCAAGAAAGAUGAUGACGAAUCUACCUUACAUGACUCUGACACUUUAACCACAAUAACUGGUUUGAAGUGUUCCCUUGAUUGAAAGAAAAAGUGGUCACAGCUUCCUGAAGAACUCCAGGAUCUUCUUAGCUGCAUGCUCUCUCUUGAGCCAGAUGAGAGACCAGACCUUGAUGAAAUCUUGGAAUAUCCAUGGCUUAAGGAAGCAUUCCAUCAAGAUAUGCCUGCUUACUUCUACAAUGAAGUUGAGAAGAUAGUUGAGAAUGUAUCUAAUGAAGCUUCUUCAUUCAUGAAGCAAGAAGGAUGCCUUGAGGAUAUUUUCUCCUCACUUGCCUUCUAAUUAUCCUCUUAAUAUUAACUUCGUACACUAAUUAUUUUCUAAAUAAACCUU